AUGGAAUAUCUCUGCUCAGAACUCUGCUCUGUGCUGAAGCCAUUUGCACAGGUUUCAACACAGCUUAGUGCUGAGUCAUAUCCUACUGGCAGCCAAGUUAUUGUUCUGACAAGGGGAUUAUUAUCAGUGUGUGCAGAACUUUUGAAAAGGCCAUUUAACAGUGUGACAAGGACUGUCAUUGAAGAAUUAACAAAAGGCCUGAAGGACUGUUUCCACAAUGUAGAGAUGAGCAAGUCUAUAGGAGUAGCCACUCUACUAGAUCCAUGCUUUAAAUCUCUUGUGUUUGAAAGCCGAGUUGCAGCAGAUAAUGCAAAGAAACAGCUUAUUGAACUAGUAGCACAAAAGAUGGGUGACAGAAGACUGACAAACACAGGCCAGAGCCAUGAAACUGUGUCAACUUCAACCACCACUGAUCCCUUGUCAGUAUGGGGUGUCUAUGGUGCAAUUGUAAAAUCAACACAGCCCCAGGGCACUCCUCAGUCAGCUGCUAUUGUGGAAGUACAAAGGUACAUGGACAGCCCAGUUAUUAGUAGAAGUGAGGACCCACUGGCAUGGUGGCGUGAAAAUCAAUAUAUUUUCCCAAAUAUGUCUAAAGUGGCGAGGGAAAAAUUCAACAUAGUGGCCACUUCUGUGCCAUGCGAAAGAAUAUUUUCUAAAACUGGUAUCAUUAUAAAUGAAAGGCGCACACGGCUGAAGGUGUCCAAAGUUGAAAAACUUAUAUUUCUAAAUAUGGACAGUACUAACUCCUGA